CUUCCUUUCCCUAGACAAACAUUGAAACGUAAAGCUGCCAGAUUGGCGGUAUUAUUAUUAGAGUCGAGCCCGUCUGUUUCUAAUCUGCAGUCCAAGUAGUUCCGAGCGGAGGCCCAAUCAACGCCGCCCACCCCGCAAAACCAGGGCGUCUCAAUUGCGACUCCGUUCAAUAAUCGAUCGAUCUCUCCCAAUUCCUCCUGUACCGGUCCAAAUGCGGCCCGGAUCGCAGCAUACACACAAUCGCUAUGGACAUCGAUGACAUUCUCGCCUCUGUCGAUCGCGACAAUUACUCCUCGCCUGAAUCCACCGCGCUUGAUCACCAGCAACUGACGCGCUAUUGGGUUGCGGAGCGCGCCGUGUCGGAACUCUUGCCAUGGCCGGCACCGUUGAUGGAUCGGAUGAUGGAGAGGGUUAGGAAGCAGAUCGAAAUAAUCGAAGACCUCGCCGCCUCAUCAGCCGACCCCUCAACAAGCACAACCAACAACCCGACUCUAAACCUCAAGCUCUCAAUCCUCCAAACCGACCUCUCUCGCACUCAAUACCUCAUCCGCUCUUUUCUCCGCCAGCGUCUCUCCAAACUCACCAAAUACAGCAUGCACUACCUCCUUCUCAUCUCCCCACCGCGUGAUUCCCAACAGCAGCAACAAUCAACCCAAUCCACUACUGCACAACCAGAAGAUUCCAUCCCCGACCCCUCAACCGCGAUAGACACAUCCCCUCUUUCUCGACAAGAAGCAGCUUUCAUCCACGCACAUCAGAACCUCCUAGCGGAGCAUUACGGGUUAUCAUUCAUGGCCUCCUUCCCGCCGCGACUACGUCGAUUAGACGACAACGCAGGCGGGACGAGUAUGGUCCAGGCGCCUGAUACGAAGGAGAUCGUAUUCGUGCGAUGUCUCGUGGAGGAAGUGAGCAUUCUCAUCCCUGCGGAUGAGGCUGCGGGAUUCGAGGAAGAAUACGGUACGACGAUGCAUAUGGGUGAAGUAUGGGUAGUACGAUGGGAAGGGAUCAAAAAGAGUUGGGAGAGGGGGGAAGUGGAGGUUUUAUAAUCAACAAUAAAAUAUGUGGAUCGAUUUUCUUAUCCUGUCUAGGAUGGGAUCUUGUCGUGACACUGGGAUUUAAGCACUCAAAAGAGGGGAAAAGCGCUCUGGUGGUGUGGUAUAUUAUAUCAUUUUUGUCCAUCCAGCCUUCUUUCAGUUUUUACAUUUGAUACCAAAAGACUUUAGAUUACAAGGUUUGGAGUGGUUGCAUUGGGAAUGGUCUGGUGGCAUUGCAUGUUCAGCGGUCUUUGUGUCACUCGAGCAGCAUAGGAUUUGGCGUCAGGGACUAGUUAUAGAUAUUAAUAUCUUAUUGAAAGAAAAAAGCUAAUAGAACGAUAGAACGAAGCUUCGUGUAUAC